AUGCCUUCCAACAGCCUCAACUACCCCCUCCUCGCCAUCCCGGCCUACUACGUCUUCUCCCUCAUACCCCACGGCUACGCAGGCAGCCUGCUCUCCUCCAACGGCUACAAAGUCAACAAUGCGAACCCCAAGGCCUCUCUAUCCCCAGAUGCUGUAAAAGGGAAGGUGCCAGAUGCAAUCUUCCAAAAAUAUCAACGCGCUGAGAACGCUCAAUCAAACAACAUGGAGCAACUACCCCUCUUUGCCACUGCAGUGCUCGCAAGCAUCGUUGCUGAGCGCACGACGGCCGUCGGAUUGGGACGGGAAGUAGUGUCUGGUGAUGCAACGGGCCUGACGACAUUUGUGGCGGCGUGGUUUGCGGUUAGGACAGCGUACGUAGUGUCGUAUGUGCAGAUUGCGGAUCACGCAACGAGUUUUGUGAGGAGUAGCUUUUGGGCAGUUGGAAGUGGGUUGGCAGUGUAUCAGAUUUAUAAGGCAGCUGCGUUGUUGGGGUAG